UGUGCGUCAAAGGUCACUUUGCACUCCUUCGUGUAUGUUUGCUGGCUGGGAAGGCGAAGUCAUCAUGGACCACACUUACGCGUGUCCAAGGAAAGAUAUCAUUGAGUUCAGAACUGAUUGUCUUUGUGACCUGUGUUGUCUCAAGAAAUACCAAAAUAUGGAAAACAUGUGCAUAGAGGAAAGGAAUCCUCCAUUCAAUAGUCCCCCAUGGUUCACAGGUCAACAAUCCCUAGUGUCCCCGCCACGGUUUAUACUUCCAAAGCAGCCGUCAGAGCCCAGUCCAUUGCGUCGUUCAUGUGGCUUGGCGUAUGACCACAAAGAUCUUCCCAAACUUGUCGCCGUACACUCUCUUCAUUCAGCACCCAGUCAUUUAAUGUACGAACUUGAUAAAGCAACGGUAUAUCCUCCUCGACGAAAUAUUGGGCCACUGCUACAGCAAGUACAGCCAAAAUCUACAGCAAGUGAUGAGAACGCAACGAUGCAUUCCUAUGCCGAGAAUAAAGAAUCAUCAGAACCUAAACAAAGUGUUUUGAUACAGAAUAAAGAAUCGUCCGAACCCAAACAACUGAUCAUAGCCAAAUCACCAAAUAAACCGCUGGCUGAACUACCGACCGAUGAGAAAGACAUGGGAAAACUCCUUACCAAGAUCAAAAAGAGUAUCCUAAAAAUCCAAUUAUUGCGCAAGAGCUUCCACGAAGAACUACAAAACCAGACGAAAAGGACAAUACUCGACCAACUCUUGCAUGAAAGAGAAGAGCUAAAGGAGAUGAGGGAACUUCUGCAGACAUUUGUCCAGGAAGGAGAGAUUGGUAAUGCUUCUGAAAUCUUAAACAUUAAUGAAAUAAACGAACUUGAUAGCAACAAACCUAGGGAAGUCGAGGAUCAGGCUUCACCAAAACCGUCAACAACGACAAGUAAUGGCAACACUGAAGGAUAUUGUACAACAGCAGUUGGUGACGAUGAAGUUGCCUCGGAAAUGUCUUCAGAGCCGCAAAGUACAGAAAUAUCGUGUUCCGAAGGACCAGCAAAUAUAGACAAACCGAAUGCAGAAGUAUGUCCUUCUAUUCAAGAUAACGGCGCAGUGGACAAGGAUGGUGAAGAGCAUCUUGAUAGACCAUUGACUGGUUAUGUCAGAUGUGCUGGCGUUCUCGAAAAGAGAAGUGAAGGCGACAACUUUAUCUGUGACUAUGACGAAUGGACAAUGCAACUUUAUGAAGGUACUCACAAGGCUGUUUUUAAAAGACGUGGCUCGAAACGCAAGGGAUCGCUCCUGGACAACGACGACCAGGAUGAUACUGAACCCCCAGAGAAGAGACCUUCAGUAGAAUCGUCAGACGAAGGUUACGAAGCCGAUUCAUAUAAUGAGCAGAGCGACGUCGAAGUGUUCAGUCUGGAAACACAAAACAGGGUUGCUUCCAGCUCUCCAACACCACACAUGACCGAAAGUACAUGUAGCAGCUCGUCAACGUUGGAACAUGGCGAUGGAAGUGAAAUGCACGACGCCGAAGAAGAAGUGGAGGACGCGAUUAUGAAGUUAGAACGAAGAUGUCAGAUUCGCGAAGCAAAGAUCAAUCAUUUAACCCAAAAAAGAGAAAGGCUUAUAGAUGAAUUGCGUAGGGUUAAGCUGUCUACUCGAGAUUCAUAACCUUUGCUGUAUCGUAUAUAUUAUUCAGUAUAAUUUUUGUUAAUACUUUUGAUGAGAACCUAUGCUUUAGUGUUUACUUUUACGUUUAAACUCGUCCGUAAUAUACUUCUGUGACAUAUAUAAUAUAUAUUUUUUACAUUACUUGUACACUUGCCGCCAUUAUUGGCCGAUUCCAUACCGUGGGAGACCGGUAAAGAAAUAUUUGCAACUGUCCAAAUUACGGUAGGCUGUAUAUUUCUUUGUACUUUUUUUUCAUUUGAUACAAUUAACGCUAAAGUUUUCUAUUGUGUUAUUAACAGUGCAAUCUAGGGGACUUGUACCAAGUCUUCCACAGUAUGAAAUCAUAACGCUUGUUCUGUUUACUAGGCUUCGAUUUGGCCUUGCACAGUUGAUCAGUAGAUGCACGUGAUAUUAUCACUUGCUUCUUUUAAUUGUACAGAUGUUGAGUUUAUAACUGUACAGGCAUAUUUCUUGUUUCAGUUCGACUGAGCGAUAUCAAGAUUCAAAUUUUAUUUUUAUAUACAUGUGCGUUGACACAAAAUUAAAAUCGCUUUAUUGUA